AUGGCUGAUGCAGACCGAUGCGCAGGAGGAGGAGGUGGACGAGGAAGAGGCUGGUUUGUUUACUUGCAGCCAGAGCCGCCGCCGCCGCCGCCGCCAGCAGCGACAGCAUCACUGGAUCCGCCAAAUGCAGUCUCUUCCUGUGCGCCGGCGGCGGCGGCGGCGGCGACGGCGGGGGGGGCGGCGGCGGCGGCGGCGGCGGCGGCGGGAGGAGGGAGGCGGCGGGGGGGAGGGGGCGGAGACUCUACGUGGGAAUCGGAUCUCGGCUACAAAUUCAAUUCAUCACCAGAAAACUCCGCUCGGGCGGGGGCCGGGUCGCGCCGGCGAGGCGAGGCGGCGGCGGGCGGAGGCUCUGAGAGGCCCUGGCGGCCCAGCGCGGGUCGGGGGUCUGCGGCCUCCUCUAGGGCCGCGCCCCGCUGCGGGGCGGGGGGGACCCGCCGCCGCCUCCCCGCCCCCUCCUCCCGCCGGGGCGGCCGCGAUCAGCUCUCGCCGCCGCCGCCGCCGCCGCGGGGCUUGUUGUUGACUUUGAGGAAAACUCCUGACGUCAGGGGUUGGCGCACGGCGACUGGCGGGAGCGGCUUCCCCGCGUCCCCAGCCGGCCCGCCGCCUCUGCCCCCUCCCCGCGGGCCCCCGUCCGCGGGCUUCCCCGAGCCCCCGAGCCCGCGGCGGCCAGCGCCCCCUCUCCUCUCGCGAGAACACCCCCCAGCCGGAGCCAGGAGCUGGGCGUCGUUCCUGGGCGGGAAGUUGUGGGUUUCCCCCGCGCCCUCGUGGCGUGCUGCAGGCUCCCGAGGCCCGGGAGGGGAGGCUCUUCUGCCCUCCACGAGCAGCCGAGCCUGGGGCUUCUCCUCCCGCCCGCCGCAGCUCGGGGAAGGUCAGGCCGGGAGCAAGAGGGACGGGACCUGA